CGAAACAUCCUCGGGUUGUCUAUUUACACAGCCAGCGAAAAUUCAAUGUGCGAGUUUACCUAUUCAUAUAUUCGGUAAUCUUACUGAAUAUAGCCUACGGAUGCAUUCAACAAAUCAAAAAUAAACUUACGUAUAUGUAGGAACACAUCGCGAUCUUUUCAAUGAGUUCUCACAUCGUCACCCCAGGUCCAUACAGGGCCACUAAACUGUGGAAUGAAGUAACCAAGCUUUUCCGGGCUGGGAUGCCUUUGAAGAAGCACCGGCAGCACUUCAGAGUUUACAUGAACUGCUUCACUGCAUCAGCAGCUGUGGACUGGUUACAUGAACUCCUGAAGAACAACAGCAAUUUUGGACCCGAGGUCACCAGACAUCAGACAAUCCAGCUGCUGAAAAAGUUCUUGAAGAACCAUGUUAUUGAAGAUGUGAAGGGUAGAUGGGGCAUGGAAGACCUGGAGGACAACAGUCAGCUGUACAGGUUUCCAUCAACAUCUCCGCUGAAGCCCAUUCCUAACCGUGCCCCUGUUUUGAGGAAAAAAAGCAUAUCUAUGAUGGACAGGGAGAGUUUCUUCAAAUUCAGGAGCUCGAAGAAAUUUGACAAAGAAAUAUUGGAAAAUGUGGAUCCAGAAACACAAGAAUCUGCUAUAGGAUCAUCCUCAGGUGAGACGGAGCACUGCAGGGAGCUCACAGAGGACGACAUUCAAGUCAUCUGGAAGAAUGUCACACUUACGCAUUUGCAGAAGUUGGUGGGAUCAGGGGCUCUUGAAGAUGUUUUGGAUCCAGCCCAAGUCAAUCCGCAGUUCAUUGUGUAUAAUAUGACCAAAGUCAAUAAACAUGGAGUCGUUUCUUUGGAAGAUAAGACAGAUGAUUUGCCGCACUGGGUUUUGUCUGCCAUGAAAUGUCUUGCAAACUGGCCAAAGUAUGACUCAAACCAGCCAUCUUACCCAGGCUUUGAGCGGGAUGUGUUUAAAACAGUCUCAGACUAUUUCUACGGUCUUUCUCAGCCACUGCUUACUUAUCAGUAUUAUGAACUCUUUGUCAACAUCCUGGUUAUGUGUGGCUACAUCACGGCUCCUAAAACUCAACGUGGAAAGCGUAAAAACCAGGAGGAACCCAACUGCCCACACCCAGCCAAAACCCCAAAUGUGAACGCUGCCAACCUGUUCAAAUCGACCGAAUGCCUCCUGCUGAGCUUAAUAAGAAAAGAGGCCUUCGAUGAAGCCGAUUCGCCCAUGAGGGAAGUUUUCAGUUCAAAAGCAGAGACUAAGUUAGAAACCCAUAGAGCACAGCAGCCUGUUUUUAGAGGUAGAAGGGCCAGUGAUGGAGACCGGCUGGGCGGUAGCUAUCUAGAAAUUCCUCUGGCUCACAAAACAGAAGUCCCAUAUGGCAGGCUUCGGUCAAGAAGUUGCUCUUUGGAGGGAAUUGUUGAUAACCGUUCAAAGAACAGACUUCUCAGAUUAUCUGAAAGCCUACAGUCCUGCAGCAGUGAUAAAUCAUCCUCUCAAACAGAUUCUCCAGUAGACCCAAACCUCAAAUUUGAGCUACAAGGUUCCUUAGUGUCCAUAAACUCUUGUAUUCAAACUUCCAGCAACAACACAAGCACCCAACUCCCUUCCGAUCUUCGCCGAACCAACCAGAGACCCUCCAGGGCCCGGCCUAGAAGCAUCGGUAACUUGUUUGACAUAAAGGAGAAUAGAGAAAUGUCUGCUAGCAGCUUUAGCAUCCACGCUCCUGUGGCUGAAAUUACCAUGAGACCAGAUUCCACAUCCAGCAUUGGCCUUCGAGGUCCUGGUUUGCUCAGUUUGCAUGGAAGUUGCAUGGACAUUAGGGCAGGUCCAAGCUUUAGCAGACGCUGUCAGAGCUCUCUGGACCUGAGCAAACCUGCACUCACUCGGCCCCCUUCGGCCCCAUUAGCACGCCACCCUGAGCAAAGUAAGAGCAUGUGAAAAACACACAUGAACCAUGAGGAUGUUCUUCUCUGUUUGUGCUUGAGCAUGUGUUUGUUUGUGCCCGCCA